AAAAAUUGCAACACGUAGCCAGAGCCCAGAAGAUGACACAGAUGCAGACGAGCAGCUCCGCUGGCAUCCCUGCAAUUGGUUUCUCCACGAAGCCCACAUGAUUUAAACCGCUCUUUCCCAUUUCAAUGGCGAUUCCCCGUAUCCAACAACGGGCCGACGGCUAUGGAUGCUGGAGUAAGCCGCUGCCGAACCGAUACCGUGCUCAGGAGUAGAGAUAGGAAAACCGUCAACGGCGUUAACGGCUUCAGCGUUGGCGACCACCGGAGCCACAGCAAGACGACGGAGAAAUCGUCUACUGUAGCAGCAAUGGUGGGUCUAAAGCGGAAAGCGUUCUUCAUGGGUUGGUCAAUGGAGGACGCGGUGAAUGUGGUGAGGUACCACCCCAUCCCCUGCGUAUUCGCGGUGUCUCUCCUCUUCUUCAUGGCCGUCGAAUACUCCCUCUUCAUGAUUCCUCCUUCCUCCCCACCUUUCGAUCUGGGUUUCCUCCUGACUCGUCCCCUUCACCGCGCGUUAGCCGCUCGGCCUGCUCUGAACACCGCCUUGGCCGCCCUGAACACGGUGUUUGUGGGAAUGCAAACGACGUAUAUUCUGUGGGCAUGGCUGGUGGAAGGCCGACCAAGAGCGACCAUAUCGGCAUUGUUCAUGUUCACAUGCAGAGGAAUACUGGGCUACUCGACCCAGCUGCCACUGCCACAAGGAUUCUUGGGUUCAGGGGUGGAUUUCCCGGUGGGAAACGUCUCAUUCUUCUUAUUCUUCUCCGGUCAUGUAGCUGGAUCCGUGAUUGCUUCGCUGGAUAUGCGACGAAUGCAGCGGCGGGAAUUGGCUUGGUUGUUCGACACAUUGAACGUGUUACAAGUGGUGAGGUUGUUAGGGACCAGGGGUCACUACACGAUCGACUUGGCCGUUGGGGUCGGUGCGGGGUUGUUGUUCGAUUCUUUAGCCGGCAAGUAUGAAGAGGACAGCAAAAGGAGAAUAGCAGCAGCAACUCAUCAGAUCUUACUUUAAUUUUCUCUAACCGAUUCUUCUGCAGCAGAAAACUGUAAAGUGAAGAAUCAAAAAAGAAAUGGAAGGGAGAAGAGAAGAACUGAAGAACACCCCAGAGAUAGCAAGCAAGCACUGACCCAAGACCAGGUUGUCUUUGCUUAAUCGCUUUUUUGUUAUUGAAUUUUGGGUUCUUUGUGAUUGAGACUAUUCAAAGUAAGGCAUUGCAUGUGCAAUCUGAUCGAUCGAGAACCCAUUUUUACAGUUCAGAAUCUUCAGAUGCUGGUACUUUUUUACGGUUGUUUGAA